AUGACCCCGGCUUCAGAGCUUACCCUUAAACAACUUCAAGACUUUCACAAUAUCGACCGCCAGGCAUAUACUAGACUGGUAAUAGGCCUAGGCUUCGACCUUUUCCCAUCCAUGAAAAUCGUUGCCUUUUGGAAUUUUCUUGAAAGAAGAGGCUUCAAGCAUUUCGUCAAGAACCUCCAACAAUUACCUGAUCCAUUGCUUUUUUCUUUAGCCAAAGAGGCCAUAAUGUUCUUACACUGCUUAUACCUUUCUACUCAAGAAAUCUUUCCAAGGGUCCAUAGAGAUUUCCCUGUUACGCGUAAACUCGUUGGUCAACAUAUCUCGUUGGCUUAUCUUUUUAAGAACAGGGAAUGCCCCAAAAGAAUGAUUGAGGAUUUCGUCGAAGAUGUGUGCCGACUAGCAUUUUGUGAUAUUGUUCUAACGCGUUUGGCUUGCAAGAAAUCUUCAAAAUCUAACAGUGCAUUGCAAUGCCAAACUCCUCAUGGGGGAAAAAUGCAACAGAAGGUGGCUACUGCGACAAAGGACAAGGCUAGAGUUGGUUCAGAAGAUCGAACAUUGUUCAUGACCUUCUCCAGGGGACAUCCUGUUAUAAACCAAGAUCUUCAUGGUUUCAUUGUCAGGAAAUUUGGCGAAUGUGUGGAGGCAAUCUAUAUGGAUAAAAGCCCGCUCCCUCUGUUUGCUUGUGUUGUUCUUAAGUCACUCUCGGACAUGUCAAUGAUUCUUGGGGGCAAGAAGUUGGUGAAAUUCUUCAUUAAUGGGAAACAGGUUAGGGCUAGAAGAUUUGUCUCAAGAAGUGUGAAGCAGUCUCGAUGCACAGCAGCAAGAGCAACAGGUAUUCCUGAAAGGCGACUUAGCAGUUUUUGCUAG